CCACAGUCAGAAACCUCUGUGAGUGAGUUCCUCUUGCUGGCAUUCACAGACACAUGCGAGCUGCAGCUCCUGCACUUCGUGCUCUUCCUGGGCAUCUACCUGGCUGCCCUCCUGGGCAACGGCCUCAUCCUCAGCGCCGUAGCCUGCCACCACCGCCUCCACACCCCCAUGUACUUCUUCCUCCUCAACCUCGCCCUCCUCGACCUGGGCUGCAUCUCCACCACUCUGCUCCUGGGCAGCAGAGCUUGUGUCCAGAUGGCAGCAGCUGCCUGGGGCAGUGGCUUUCUCAUUGCUGUCCUGCACACAGCCACUAUAUUUUCCCUGCCCCUCUGUCAAGGCAAUGCUGUGGACCAGUUCUUCUGUGAAAUCCCCCAGAUCCUGAAGCUCUCCUGCUCAGAUGCCUACCUCAGGGAAGUCAGGUUUCUUCUGGUUAGUGCCUUUUUAGGUGCUGUUUUUUUUCUUUUCAUUUUGGUGUCCUAUGUGGAGAUCUUCAGGGCUGUGCUGAGGAUGCCCUCUGAGCACGGACGGCACAAAGCCUUUUCCACGUGCCUUCCUCACCUGGCCGUGGUCUCCCUGUAUCUCAGCACUGCCAUGUUUGCCUACCUGAAGCCCCCCUCCACCUCUUCCUCAUCCCUGGACCUGGUGGUGUCAUUUCUCUACUCGGUGGUGCCUCCAGCAGUGAACCCCCUCAUCUAUAGCAUGAGGAAUAAAGAGCUCAAGGAGGCACUGAGGAUCUUAUCGCAAUAUUCAGUAUUUCAGAGAGGAACCCAUCUUUUGCAUCUGAUUCCCUGA